UCCGCCCUCCCCCCUCCGCCUCGGUUGACAGCACAGGUGACGGGUCAGCGACAGAUUCUCUGUCACGAUGCUGGGCAUGUCCGUGUCUACGGGCCAUGGACUGAGUGGGCCCAUCUACAGGGUGGAACAGGUGCCGGAACAUUUCCAGGAACACUUUAUCCUGCGGGGCUACCGACAUCCCAAAAGCUCGGUGACCCAGUGCUUGCUGAGCGUGUUUGAUCCCACCAAUGAAACCCUCAAUGUGUGGACACACUUUCUUCCGGCAUGGUAUUUUGUGUGGGUCCUGUACUACCUGAGUGGCUCCACCGACUUCCUCAACGACCAGUACACCUGGCCGCUGUUCUGCUACCUGCUCGUGUGUUGUGCCUUCCCUCUCGCCAGCGCUGUCGCGCACCUGUUCAACGUUCUCUCGGACCGCGCUCGUCACGUCUGCUUCUUCCUCGACUACUCCGCCCUGGCUUUGUUCAGCUUUGGCGUGGCCGUCACGUACCGCGCCUACUGCUUCCCAGCGGGCCUGCUGCGCGAGGGCUCGCCGUUCGCUUGGUACAGGGAUAACUAUGUCUUCGUGGCUGCUUUCAACGCUAUGCUCUGCACCUUUUGUUCCUGCCAGACACGCUUCAUGAAGCCCAGCCCGUUCCGGAAGGCGAUGCGUCUGGGCUCUUUCGCAUUCCCGUAUCUAUAUGACAGCGUGCCGAUCGUGUACCGACUCCUUCACAGCACCCCCGAGGACUCAUCAUCGUUGACGGCGCACUACUUCUUCACCAGGCAGUUCUUUCUGUCGUUUCUCGCGGCCUUCCUGUACGCCUCCCACCUCCCGGAGAGGCUCGUGCCGGGAAUCUUUGACAUCGUCGGUCACUCCCAUCAGCUGUUCCACGUGGCGUCCAUCAUGGCCGUCUGGGAUCAGCUUCAGGCAGUUCUGGCCGAUUUCGAGGAGCGGCGAGAGUUUGUGCAGAAACACUGGCAGUUUGAGCUGGCGAAGAAUAGUAUCCUCUUUGUGCUGGUGGUGUUUUGGAUCAAUUUGUUUAUUGUUGCUUACUUUACCAUUAAGCUUUUCCAGCUGAAGCACAAACUCAAGAGUAGUUAAGAUUUCCUUUUUUUUUUUUUGUAAAUGCUUUACCGGACUUCGUUGACCUUAAAUUUGGGUGUAGAUUUCCACUGUUGUCCCCCAAAAUAGUCACAAAGUUCUGGAAGUUUUCACAACUCGUGGCAAACCUGUUUCCGACAUGAUGUGCAACUUGCUGGCAACAGCAUCGAUAUUAAAUUGAAAUCGUCUCUACUAUAUAUACUCUUUUUAUUGACAACAAAAGCCUUCCUAGAAGUAUGUGAUACAAAACCUUCAGGGUACGAACAUUUCCUCUGCCUUCUUUUGUGGAAAGGGGAGAGGAAACAGUCUCUUUCUUUGAAGAAUGGGCCUGGGCCAAAUGGAGGAUGAAAUCUUUUUUUAUUAUUAUUUUUUUUUUAAAUGAUUUUGUUUUGUCAU